AUGCAGCAUACAUUUCAAACAGUUUUAGUGAAAUACGACGAUACACUUGAUAGUUGUGGUGAAAUGGACUUCUAUAUGAAGCAUCUGAAUUCAACAAUGCUAAUAGAAAAUCUACAUAAAUCAUGGUAUCUGAAGGGAUCUUUAAAUAACAACAUUUUAAAUUUGGUUUGUUUGAAGAGUUUAACCAACGACUACAAAAUCGAAUUGAAAUCCUAUUUCCACAGUCUAAAACACAUAAGAGAUACAAAAAUGAUAUUCUAUAUAAAUCAUAAUGGCAGUGGCAAUUAUUUGACCAAAUUGGAGGAUUUUUUUAAGUAUUGUUGGCAUAAGAAGUCUUUAAAUGUUAUAGCCAUUUUCAAAGACUUUUACCGAACAAAGUAUUUUUAUGCCUACAGGCCCUUUCCAAAAUUCAAAAUGGAAUUGAGAAUAAUUGAAAACAAAAGUGUGAUCUUCCCCAAUCGCUUAAAGAAUAUAAUGGGUUACAAGUUGCUAACACUGCCCGAUCAGGUUGAACCCCGAACUUAUUUGACUAAAAAUAAAAAUGGUAAAAUCAAGAUUUCCGGAUAUGUGGGUCACUUUAUACAUCUGCUGGCUGAGCGUUUAAAUGCUACAUUGAAAUUUCCGUAUCCUAUUAAAAAGGGAGAUUUGCUGUUUUAUGGUUAUUUGGAGACUUUAGCCAGAAAUUACACUAUCGAUUUUGCAGCCACCAUCGCUCCAGUUUUAGAUCCCAGACAGAUGCUUUACUACUCAUAUCCUUUUCAAAUUACUAAUGUUUGCCUAAUGAUACCGCUGGCCAAAACUAUGGCAUUCAAGGAAAUGUUUUUUUACAUGAUGGGUGUGAAGGCCUGCAUUAUUAGUGUUUUAAAUUUGUAUCUAUUCACGCUGGUAAUAAAUCUUAAAAGGCUGAAUUUUUUUGGACGACAAUCAAACUACAUAAUGAAAUGUUCAGACUUUUUUCUCAAUGAUAUUGCCCUAAGAGGUAUUUUGGGGCAACCUUUCAAAAUAUGGAUUAAAGCGGGAUUUCUAACCAAAUAUAUCUAUGUCUUACUAUCGGUUACUGGAUUAUAUCUCAGUGUUAUGUACGGUGCAUUACUACAAACGCUUUUGACUCGCCCACUUAAAGAGAAACAAUUGAAAACGUUUAAUGAUCUGCGUCAAAAUCAAGUAUAUACUUUACUAUCGGACACGGAAGUUUUACAUUAUGAGAAAAGAGGUAUGUCAUUUAAUCUGCUACGUAAGACAGCCACCUACAAGGAAUAUAAUUAUAUGAGAAGUCAUCUAAACACCUCUUACGCCUAUCCCACCACCGAUAUGCAAUGGGACACACUCUUCAACCAGCAGCAAAAUCUCUUCAAAAAUAAAAUCUUUAUGUUUUCCAAUGAGGCCUGUUUCCUGCGAACGAACUUUUUAAGUUUUCCUCAAGCUCAAAACACCAUAUAUCGCGAACCCAUACACGAACUGAUUUUAUUGGCUAGAGAGCAUGGUCUGGCGCAUCAUUGGCUUCAAACAAACUUUUUGGACAUGCUGGCUGCCGGCAAUAGUACCUUAAUUGAUUUUAGUGUGGCGAGUAAACGUGAGCGACCCCUCAGUAUGGAUGAUUUGGAGUUGGUUUUCAUAAUGUACACUAGUGUAUUGACGUUGGCGAUUUUUGUAUUUUUCAUUGAAAAACUAAUCUUUAAAUGUAAAUUGAAACAUCUAUGUAGAAGAUUUAAGAGAAUUUAUUCAUAA